AAUGUAAAAAUCAGUGUUUGUGUCGCAGGUUCCUUUGAUGCUGCAGAGACUGAGAGAGCUUCAGGAAAAGGAGGCAGAGAACAGGAAGGACAGUAAGCGUCCAAGCAAGAGUCUCGCUCCACUGCUGCCCCUGGACGAGGAAGCCGUGGACGGAGAGUUCGCUCCUAACACUCCUAACUCCGAGAAUCACGACUCGAGAAGAACCGACUCCGACGCUGAGCUGCAGCCCGUGUCUGCUGCGAGGAGCGUGGGGAGAGGUAACACAGGCAUGAAGGGCCUGAUGAAGCCCGCUGCAGCACUCCCUUUAGAGCUGGACGAAACGGACAGCCCAGGUGAAGUCAUGAGGAACUGGAGGAAGAAGGAGAACGGUGGCAAAGUAAAGCAGAAGCUGAACUUCUCGCAGCCAGAGCCGGAGCGCAGCAGUGAGAUGUCCAACAGCAGCUGGACUGAGAUGAGCCCGUGGGUGAUAGGAAAUAACUACCACCUGUGCCCGCUCACACCUGGAAUAGAGCAGCGCCUCAUCCUCCAGUACCUCACCCCGCUGGGAGAAUACCAGGAGUUGUUGGCUGUUUUCAUGCAGCUUGGUGCUCGUGAGCUGCUGAUGCACUACAUGGACCUGAAACAAACGAACGACGUUCAGCUCACGUUUGAAGCCCUGAAGUAUCUUGCGUCUCUCCUCCUUCAUAAAAAGUUUGCAGCCGAGUUUGUCUCGCAUGGCGGAGUGCCAAAGCUACUGGAGAUCCCGCGACCCUCCAUGGCUGCCACCGGCGUCUCUCUGUGCCUCUAUUACCUGGCAUACAACCAGGAUGCUAUGGAGAGGGUGUGUAUGCUGCCGCAUUCGCUGCUGUCGGAGGUGGUGAGCUACACGCUGUGGCUCCUGGAGUGCUCUCACGCCUCCGGCUGCUGCCACGCCACCAUGUUCUUCUCCAUCUGUUUCUCCUUCAGAGCCGUGCUCGAGCUCUUCGACCAUCAGGACGGGCUGCGGCGGCUCGUCAACCUGAUUAGCACUCUGGAGAUUUUGAACCCAGAGGACCAGGGUGCGCUGUUGAGCGACGAUGAGAUCUUCUCAAGCAGACAGACUGCAAAACAUACCUGCAUGGCGCUGCGCAGGUAUUUUGAGGCUCACCUGGCCAUUAAAGUCGAGCAGGUCAAACAAUCGCUGCAGCGUACAGAGGGAGGAGCGCAGAUUCACCCGCAGCCUUAUUACAAGGCUUGCUCUUACACCCAUGAGCAGGUGGUAGAAAUGGUGGAGUUCCUGAUUGAGUUCAGCCCGGUGCGUUUGUACUGGGAGCCUGCCGAGUUCUUCCACAAACUGUCCUGUGUGCAGCUCCUUUUGCAGCUCAUUUCUAUCGCCUGUGACUGGAGAACAUACUACGGCAGGGCUGACACGGUGAGGUACGCUUUGGAUAUCUUGAGCAUUUUGACAGUGAUUCCUAAAACGCAGCUGCUGUUGUCGGAGAACGUCGCUGUGCUGGAUGAGAAUGGCUCCACCAUCUCCACUGUUGGUAUGAGCAUAGUGCUGGUCGUCGCAGAGGGUGAAGUAUUUGUAAAUGACGCAGAAAUCCAGAAGUCGGCCCUGCAGGUGAUCAUAAACUGCGUCUGCGCUCCAGACAAACGCGUCUCUAGCAUCGGCAAGUUCAUCUCGGGCACCCCGCGUCGCCGUCUGCCGCAGACCCACCGUGCCAGCGAGAGCGUCCUGGUCAAGAUGUGGAACGUGGUUCAGUCGAACAAUGGCAUUAAAGUCCUGCUGUCCCUGCUCACCAUCAAGAUGCCCAUCACCGAUGCCGAUCAGAUUCGCGCUCUGGCGUGCAAAGCCCUAGUUGGGUUGGCACGUAGCGCCGCGGUGCGACAGAUCAUCAGCAAGCUUCCGCUGUUCAGCAGCGGACAGAUCCAGCAGCUGAUGAAAGAGCCUGUGCUUCAGGACAAGCGCAGCGAGCAUGUGCGCUUCUGCAAGUAUGCAGCAGAACUCAUAGAGCGAGUGUCUGGAAAGCCGCUGCUGAUCGGCACAGAUGUUUCCUUGGCGCGGCUGCAGCGGGCUAGUGUCGUGGCACAGUCACGCAUUUCGUUUCCCGAGAAGGAGCUUCUGUUGCUUAUUCGGAAUCAUCUUAUGUCUAAAGGUCUCACAGACACAGCGACAGCACUGACGAAAGAAGCCGAGCUGCCCAUGGGGCUGCAUGCUCUGGCUCACGCUAGCGUGCAGCCGUUCACUCCCGUUUCUGUCGCGACGCCGCCGCCUCCUGCCGCUGGCAUCCCACGGACUCCUCGGCUCACUAACGGAGUCGCGGCCCGUCUGGGUGGCCACACCCCCCACGCGCUUCCUCAUCACCAGCCCCGCCCCUCCACCUCACAGGCUCCGCCCCCUCCACCGCCUGCAGUCUCCCUCCACAGUAAUGGCUCUCCGCUCAUCGGACGCAUCGUGUUCUCGCGGGAGCGGCUGUCACCGUGUGCAGCUGCGGGAGGGAAGAGGCCAAAAGUACUGAGGCAGAAAUCAGAUCAUGGUGCGUUCAGCCAGAGUCCGGCCAUGAAAAAGCAGCUGGACAGACAUCUGCCCUCUCCUCCUACUCUAGACAGUAUCAUAACAGAGUAUUUACGAGAGCAGCACGCCCGCUGCAAGAACCCAGUGACCACAUGUCCUCCCUUCAGCCUCUUCACACCGCAUCAGUGCCCAGAGCCCAAGCAGAGACGCCAGGCACCCACCAAUUUCACUCCUCGCCACACACGCAGGGUCGUCUACCCCAAAUAUGGUGGGGUUGAUGGAGGCUGCUUUGACAGGCAUCUCAUCUUCAGCAGGUUUCGGCCCAUCUCUGUGUUCAGGGAGGCUGAGGAGGAUGAGAGUGGCUUCAUGUGUUGUGCGUUCUCCGCGCGAGAGCGUUUCCUGAUGUUGGGCACAUGCACCGGACAGCUCAAACUCUACAAUGUGUUCAGUGGACAGGAGGAAGCCAACUACAGCUGCCACAGCUCAGCCAUCACACACCUGGAGCCCUCCAGAGACGGUUCCCUGUUGUUGACAUCAGCUUCCUGGAGUUAUCCCCUAUCUGCGCUGUGGGGAAUGAAGUCAGUAUUCAUCAUGAAGCAUUCAUUCCUGGAUGAUCAUUAUGUGGAGUUCAGCAAACUCUCUCAGGACAGAGUCAUAGGAACAAAAGAGCACAUUGCACAUAUAUAUGACAUUCAGUCUGGACAGAAACUCCUGACCCUCAAUAACCCUGACCUAGCCAACAACUACAAGCGCAACUGUGCCACGUUUAACCCCACGGAUGACCUGGUCCUGAACGACGGUGUCAUGUGGGACGUCCGCACCGCUCAGGCCAUCCAUAAGUUUGACAAGUUCAACAUGAACAUCAGCGGCGUUUUCCAUCCCAAUGGUUUAGAGGUCAUCAUCAACACGGAGAUUUGGGAUUUGAGGACGUUUCAUCUUCUUCACACAGUACCAGCGCUAGAUCAGUGUCGGAUUGUCUUCAACAACAAUGGAACUGUCAUUUAUGGAGCCAUGUUGCAGGCUGAUGAUGAGGAUGAUGUGAUGGAGCAGCAAAUGAAGAGUCCAUUCGGUUCAUCCUUCAGGACCUUUGAUGCCACUGAUUAUAAACCCAUCGCCACCAUUGAUGUGAAGAGGAACAUUUUUGACCUGUGCACAGACACUAAAGACUGCUAUCUGGCUGUCAUUGAGAAUCAGGACUCAAUAAAUAUGGACACUGUGUGUCGGCUGUAUGAAGUCGGUCGCCAGAGACUUGCUGAGGAGGAAGAGGAUGAGGAGGAUCAGGAGGAGGAUGAUCAGGAUGAAGAGGACGACGAUGACUCGGAUGAUGACAUAGAUGACAUCGAUACAGACCCGCUGCUGGCAGAGCUGGAGAACGAGAACAACGGAGAGGAGGAUGGCGAGCAGGAUUUCUCUCCGUCUGAUGAUGAGGAAGUGGCUCGCCUGCUGGACGAAGAGGCAGAUGAUGAUGACGACGAUGACGAUGAGGAUUCUGAUGACAAUGAGCGAGAUGUGGAGCUUGUACUAGACAGCACAGACAGCUCUGAUAACUCAGACCUGGAAGAUGACAUUAUCCUUUCCCUGAACGAGUGAUCCUGCCCAAAACCACAGUGGAAGUGCUCAACCAGGCUUGAAGCUCAGUGAGAAGAUCUGAGAGAAUGUUAUAGGAUGGCAGCAGCUGAUGAGGGUCAGGUCGUGGUGUGGAUGGUCUACAUGCACGCGGACCCGAAAAUCACAUGAAGUUAAAUAUUUUUAAACAUCUGUGUACAGCCUCCAUUUACUUUAUGGUUUAAUUUUUUGUUCAUGCCUUUCCAAAAGUAAAGGUCUAAGGCAACAUUGUGUACAAAAUGUAUAAAAAAUAUUUUUACUAUAAAUGUUAUUGCAAUAAACCAGAGUUAAAUAGUUAAA